CUGCGAAGAAACCUCGUGGCUUUUCGCAAAGAGAGCAAAGUGGUGGUUUGUUUAUCUGAAAUAUUUAAGGCCUAUGUCCUGCGUUGUGGGCACUCUUUCUGUGAAUUGUGCCUCGAUGAAGCUGUGAACUGGGAUGAUCGAUGUCCAGAAUGUCGACGAUACACUCAUGGAAUUUGCAUUCCAAAUCUCGUUUCAUAUCGGAACUGA